AUGGCCGCCGAUCUCAUUAACAUAGUCAAGGUGCUAGUGUCCAUUUACCUAGUAUCAUCUGUUGGCCGGAUCCUGUAUAGCCUCUAUCUCCAUCCACUCAGCAAAUUCCCUGGUCCCAAGAUAUGGAUCGCUUUCCCGCUUCUGCGGCAGAUUGCCCACAUCCGUGGCCUUCUCGAUGCGCGCCUGUGUGAUUUCCAUCGCGCCUAUGGUCCAGUGGUCCGCUUUGGACCAGGCGAAGUUUCAUUCAUUACGGAAGAUGCCUGGCGCGACAUCUACGAUCACAAGCCCAACCAGUUGCAGCGAUUCAUCCUCCCGACCGCGCGGCGACCGGACAUUUUUGACUCUAAUGAGGCUGAUCACGAUCGCUACCGCAAGGCCAUGUCUCAUUCAUUUUCGCCUAGGGGUCUCAUGCAGCAGGAGCCCGUCGUCAAGGGCUACAUUGACAUGCUAAUGGGCCGACUCCACGAGCAAGCCGCGCGCGGGGCCAGCGUUGACAUGACCAUGUGGUACACCUUGACGCUCUUCGACGUGAUUGGCGACCUUGCGUUUGGCCAGUCGUUUGGCGGCCUGCGCGACCAGGUCAUCCACAGCACCAUUUCCUUCACUUUUGAGGCAUUCAAGCUGCUAACCUACCUCGAGGCUGGCGCGAGCUUUCCCCUUCUGUUCAAGCUCCUACAGCUAUGGACGCCCAAGCGGCUGAUUGAGGCGCGUGAUCGCAAAGAGGCCCAUGCCGAGGAGACGGUGCGCCGCAGGAUGGCCGACAAAUCGCUCCACGGUCGCGGCGACUUCCUCGACUCCAUGAUGCGGUAUGAAGGCACGCCGCAGGGCCUCAACGAAAAAGAGCUCAUUGCCAACGCAAGCACUCUCAUUGUAGCUGGAAGCGAAACAACGUCCACAAUCCUGAGCGGCCUGACCUUUUAUCUUCUGCGCAACCCCGACGCGUACAAGAAAGUGGCCGACGAGGUGCGCUCAGCUUACGCCGCCGAAGCCGAAAUUGUCAUGAGCACCACAGCCCAACGCCUACCGUACAUGUCAGCCUGUUUCCAGGAGGCGUUCAGACUAUAUCCGCCUGUGCCCAGCGGGUUGCAGCGAGUUGCGCCCCCGGACGGAAAGACGAUAGUCGCGGGCCAUGAGAUUCCUCCAAAUACGAAAGUAUUUGUCCAUCCUUUGGCAGCCUAUACGGACCCGAGCAACUGGCACAAACCAGACUCAUUUUCACCUGAAAGAUGGCUCCCAGACGCCAAGUCGGACCCGUCGUCACCCUUCUACAAGGACUGCCGCAAUGUCUGCCAGCCCUUCUCCGUCGGGCCCCGGUCAUGCCCCGGCCGCAAUAUGGCAGAGCAAGAAUACCGUUUGACCAUGGCCCGCAUUCUCUGGAACUUUGAUCUGCAGCUUUGCUUGGAGAGCAAAGACUGGACCCAGCAAAGGACACAUUACCUCUGGGAGAAAAGGCCGUUGAUGUGUAGACUGAGGAGUCGAUCCGCAGAGGCGCAGUAA